UUCAUCGACUCCGACAGCCCCCUAUCAAUGAUUGGGAAGAGAUGAAACUUCGUUUGAAGGAAAAAUUUCUUCCUCUUGAUUAUGAGGAGACACUCUUCGAAGAACUUCUGAAACUUCGUCAAGGGAGCUCUUCCGUAGAGGAGUAUACAGCCCGAUUCCAUGAGUUGAUGAUCCGCAGCAACCUCACGGAGACGGAUCGACAGUCCCUAACUCGGUACCGAUCCGGGCUGAGGGAUGACAUCAAGAGGGAGCUAAUGACGACGCGCAUCUUCAGCCUAUAGGAGGCAUACCAACUCGCCAUUCGAGUUGAAUCGCAGCUACGACAAAGACGCCCUGCGCAAGCACCGGUUGCACGAAGAUUUUUCGAGCGCAGCACCAACCGAGGAGUUCCAUUUCCUCGAGGUAACGCCCCUGCUUUCAUAUCUGAAACCUCUGUAAAUAGAAGCACAUAUCAGGAAAGGGGUGCUCCAAGGGCUAAUGAAAAGGGUAAAGGUCCUAUGCCACAAUCCACACCGCAAGGGAAGAAUCCUGUUGAAUGCUACAAGUGCGGCGGGCGAGGCCAUUUUGCCGUUGUUUGUCCUACCCGAGACCAACGAUUUGCAUUGGUAUGUGAAGAGGAUGAGAUCAUAGGACCCUCUGAAGUCACUCCUCCCUCUCAGUCCACUGAUGAAGAGAAAAAUGAAGGGAACGAAGAACAUGAUGAAGAAGUCCCUGCGGUGGAACUAGAAGCUUCAGAUCUACCUGUGUGCGUCGUGCGGCGGGGUCUUACGGGUUGCAAGCAGGAGGAGAACGUGGAGGAAGAUUGGAGGUGCAUCAAUAUCUUCCACACUCGCGUCAAGCAUGCCAACAAAUCUCUAAACCUCAUCAUUGACAAUGGAAGCUGCAUGAGCAUCAUUUCUGAAGAAGUGCUGAAAAAGCUGAAUCUGAAACCGGUACCGCAUCCAAAGCCGUAUCGGGCCGCGUUUACAGCUGAACCCGUGUCCACGACACUUCCCCUCCCAUGUCCAAAGAACAGAGCAAGCACCACGCCCCCUCGCGGACUUAAACCAACUCACGGCAUCCCCGGCAUCCGCAAUUCAUCUUCAUCCCAUGAUCAAAUCCAAGUCCCAGGCGCCCAUUCCCUUCGUCACACAACAUCUUCCCACACCCAAACACAACCCCUGUUCCGCAUCCAAGCACCUUACAAAGACUUCCACAAAAUCCCAGCAACUUCAUCUUCUUUCGGAUUCGUUUCAUCCAUAUCCCGCUGCCAGCCAGGAUAGCAUCCCGUGUCCCACAAAACCAAGUCAGCUUCUCCCGCGAUGCAUGCCAAGCAAAUCAUCCCUCCCACGUUUUCUUACCAAACAAAGCCCAUCUGCAUCCUCAUCCCAACUCCAUCAUCCCGGAUUCCUCCCAGCAUAUCCGGGUAUUCCUUAUCCGAAUUCCCUUCAUCCCGUUCAUGUUCGGAUAUGCCUGAUUCAACCAUCCACAUGAGAAAUCUCACACGGUAUCUCCCCUGUUCUUGCAAUCAACCUUAUCCCAACGUCCCAGCAGCCAUCCUCACAUCCUCUUCAAUGUCCCAGCUCAUCUUCCCACGCGUCCGGUUCAGCAUCCGAAACCUCAUCAUCUCCCAGCCAUUUCCUUCUUUCCAUGAGCCAAUAUCCCUCCGGAUAACAUCCUAUCAUCUCCCAACCAACUUCAGUUCUUAUCCACCGUUCACAGCCUCCUCUGCUUCCUUCCCAUCCGCAUACAUUGCUCCACAUCACAGCCGUAUCUCUCUUCCCUCUUUCGAACCAAGCCAAUCGUCACCCAAAGAUCUCUUCCGGCUUAAUCUCCCAACGUCCAAGUUCAUACCAGCUGCCGUGGAUCGGAUCAAGCAGCAUCUCCGUGAACAUCCCGAGCUUCAUGAUGAGUUCCCUUUCUUCUGAAUAAUCUCCCAGCUCACACGUUUGUUCCCAGCAUCCUUAUCCCACGGAUUGCAUCCCAGCCCGCGAUUCAUCUUCAUCUCCUAUGCUUCCGGAUCAUCUCAAAUCCCAUCCGUGAGCAUCGCCCACGUCGCAUCCGCAGAUCAAGCUCCUCAGCUUAGCAAAACAGACUACUCCUCCAUCUUCAUCCCAUUCCGUUCCUAGCUCCCCUGUUUCGGAACAACUUCUUCCCAGCCAGUGAGCAUCUCUUCCUUAACCGAACUCAAAGAUUACCGCCCCAUCGUUCCAGAUUUCUUCUCACAAAUCAUCUCCCUUGCUCCACAUUCGCAUGGGAUCCCCUGUGUCCAAAAACAGAGCAAAGUCUCAGCGACCAUGGUCCACUCCAUCCGCAAAUAUCUCCCUAGCUUCCACGUCUCCGUAUUCAUCCUCAUCCUCCUGAAUCAUCUGCGAACAAGUUCAUCCAAACUCCCAGCAGAUCUUCAACAUCAGUUCGGAUUGGUUUUUGAUCCAUCCAGAUUCUGAGAACACUUCCCAUCCCGUUCAUGAUUCAUUCCUAUCCCACUGCCUCCGCAAGUCAAACAUCCCACCGUUCACAAGGAUAAACUCGGCCAGCAACCAUCCGUGAUGAAGCUUCCCAUGCUUCCGCAUCUUCCACGCGAUCUUCCCAGUUCUGCUUCAACCAUUCCGAGCUUCACGUGAAUCACAGCCAGCAGCAGCCGUGGAUCAACCUCUCGUGGAUCAUCAUCUUCAGCCAUCUUUAUCUUCCCAUCCGGAAGACCAUAUCCACAGGAUGAAAUAGAGGGGAUGCGGAGCUUAUAAAAGGAUGAGUUCCCCUCCUUCCGAACCAGCUCUUCGGAGGCGGAGUCCCAUGGGAAACAGAGAAGGGAGAGAAGUUUGGGUCUUUUUGAGAAUGCCUUCUCAAAAGAAAAAAAAUAAUGAAUUGCUAGAGAAGGAAGGAGAGAUCUAGGGAAGG